GCAGCCGUGGUCCUACGGAGCAACUGAGAGAUGGGGACGGGACCUGUGGAUCUUUGGGUCUCCACAAACGUACACUCCAAAGCAACGAGCACUGCGCACCCCACACCCGGCUCCGCAGCAGUCUCUGCUCCGGGCACCCUGUAGCUCCUGGGUGCAGGCACGUUGGGCUGGUAACACACUGUUUACGUGUGCACGUGUGUGUCUGUGUGCAUGAGGCUGUUCACGCUCAUCUCUGUGUGGGUGAUGCGGGGUAAAGGACGGAGUCGUUCCACGCAGGUUGGCUACGUCAAGGAGCAACCUGAGCUGCCAAGGGCAUCCCACGGGCAGCAGCUGGCGGGGCGCUGGGCUAGAGCGGAGGUGGCUGCAGGCAGCGGAGCGCUGCAGUGCUGGCCCUGCUGCCCGUGUCCCGUCUGGCUGCAGCUGGUGCCGAUGUGGGAGCGCUGGGAGCAGUGAGUGGGUGGUGUUUGAGCAGCCCCGACAUGGCCCGGCUCGGCGGGGGAACAGGGCAGGAUGCUGCAGCUGCAGCCGGCUGCAACGUGGCGGUGCUGCGGGCUGCAGGGGGCCGGAGGGGUGGCGGGCGCUCCCACAUCCGCGUGCUGCUGCGGCACCUGGCUGCCGCCGACCUGCUGGUGACGGUGGUGGUGAUGCCGUUGGAUGCCAUCUGGAACAUCACGCUGCAGUGGCGGGCGGGCGACCUGGCCUGCCGCCUCCUCAUGUACCUGCGCCUGCUGGCCAUGUACGCCUCCGCCUUCGUUACCGUCGUCAUCAGCCUGGACCGGCAGGCCGCCAUCCUGCGCCCGUUGGCCAUCGCCCGCGCGCGCUGCAGGAACCGCGCCAUGCUCCGAGCCGCGUGGAUGCUCAGUGCUGCGCUCGCUGUGCCGCAGCUGUUCCUCUUCCACACCAUCACCCUGCACGCCCCGCACAACUUCACGCAGUGCACCACGCACGGCAGCUUCCCGCAGCCCUGGCACGAGACCCUCUACAACAUGCUGAGCUUCUCCUGCCUCUUCCUGCUGCCGCUGCUCAUCAUGGUGUGCUGCUACACGCGCAUCCUGCUCGAGAUCUCCCGGCGCAUGGGCUCCAGCCUCUUCUCCUCCAGGGACGUGCCGCUGCGGUGCUCUGGGAGCAACAUCCCACGGGCACGGCUGCGCACGCUGAAGAUGAGCCUGGUCAUCGUCUCCUCCUUCAUCCUCUGCUGGACCCCCUACUACCUGCUGGGGCUGUGGUACUGGUUCUGUCCACGAGCCAUGCAGCAGAAGGUCCCACCAUCCCUCUCCCACAUCCUCUUCAUCUUUGGCCUCUUCAAUGCCUGCCUGGACCCCAUCACCUAUGGGCUCUUCACCAUCCCCUUCCGGAGGCGCUGCGGCUGUCCCUGUGGGCACAGCUCUGAGCCUGAGCCACCCUCCCCAGCCACGGGUUCCUUCCACUGUUCAGCCUCAUCCCUGCGGGGCAGGCAGGGUAUGGGGGGCACAGAGGGGCCACACCCACCUAUCGAGCUGGGGCUGCCCACUGGGGCUGGCUCCUGCCAGAGCAGUGCGCUGUGAGCCAGGGCAGCCUGAUGCCACGAGGAUGGCACUCUGUGAGCAGUAAGGGCACAGCAGCGAGGGCAGAUGGUGGGGGGUCUGCUCCACAAUGCCUCUAUAAGUGGUAGAGCAGAGCUGCUUCUACAGCCAGGUGGGUGUGAGCCACCCCUCUUCACUCUCUGCACCCAUUUAUGUUACAUGCUGGAGCACAACGCAGCAAUAAAGCAUCCUGUGGCUAUCUCGUGUGCUGCCUGCAUCCCUGGAUGUGGGCUGCACUGGGGCUGAGGAUGGGUCAUGUAGGGACCCUGGCUGUUGUCCCCAAGGCCAGGGUGGUGCUGCCAUCCC